AAUAACAGUGUAACGGUUGUGUGAAAAGUGAAAAAUCGAUACCGUAACUUACGUAAAAAUAAUGUCCUCGGUCGGAGUGCACGAGCUCGUGGGCAGCCUGGUGCAAGCCGUAGGCCGAGAAUCAACCCGUCGCCCGUCGGAUUCUACGGUAAAAAAGUGCAAAUCGUUAGCAUUUGGAAUUCUGCUGCGAAAGCGUUCUGGUCCCGGUAUUGACCUAUCGAACGGGAAUGAUUUGGCCGAGCAGCUGAUAAUGGAGGAACCACUCGAGAUGCUGCAUUGUCAUGUGUUUGAGAUGCAAAUGCGAGCCCGGUAUCAGUUCCAAAAGCGCAGAUGUGAGCGAUUUCAGCGUUUGCUGGAGCAGUUGGAACAACAGCCGGAGGGUAAAUUGUUGGGCGUGGAAAAGGAAACGGAAAUUUUGCAAUUUUUGCUGCUGCUGCGGGAUUCGGUUCCCGAUGGAAAGGAUUGCAGUGAAUCGGAAUUCCGUGCUGGAGACUGGAUGCCAUCGAUGCACAUGGGACCAUAUCCAAUAUUUCAGCGCGAAGACUACCUAGUGGAAUCGGAAAAGCUGGACGCCUUUCUUCGGGAAAACCCCUCUAAUCCUUACUGCUUUAAGAAAUCGGAAUCGGUUUUCUCGGAGAAUGUUGCCAAUAUGCUGAAAAUCACAAACGGUACCAAAAAGGAACGAGGUCUUCCGCCAGUGGCGAGUACCUACUUCAGUGAUCCAAUGGCUGAAUUGCUCAGUUAUCAAGGACCUUUUCGGUAUAACAUGAUGAAGGGUGGGAUUGAGGAGGACGAGCAACUACUGACAAGUUUCGAGAUUAUUCCGGGAGAAUCGACCGAACCGGUUGUAUCCGUGAGCCGAGAGCGUGAACAGGUGUUCAAUUUCAAUUGGGAAAACUUGGGAAAUCGAUUCGUCCCAGUGGAGAACAGUUUCGCUUCGGAAUGUAAUGCCACAUUGCAUCUGAAGGCGGUUGAGGCUGGUCGUUCAGGGGAAGCAAUCGAUGUGAAAGUGGUUAGAAAUGAAGACUUUUUGGGAGACGUUAAGUUGCUACUUAUUGGAAUAAGCUCCAGAUGCUUUCGCUACGAUGAUAGCAAUCGCUUUCUGAUGGUGGGCAAUUUCACUGUCGAAGGAGUUUCCUGCCUGGCAAUGAAAGCUGUCAUCGAUCAGUUUGUGCAGUUGGGGACCUGUUUUCGACGGUUGCAGAAAAUGACCAAAAAAAAUCCGUACAAUCAUGCCAUGCUUCUGGAGGGUUUUGUUUUUAAAGCUUUCUGCGAUAGUGUCGAACGGAUUUUGAGCUCUUUUCGGAUUGUAGCUUACAGCUACGAGGGAAGUUCGCUGCUGCAACUGCAGCGCCAGAUAGAACCCAUGCGAAGGCAAAUCCUAGCGUUGGCCAAAUUUUGUGGCAUUCAUCCGGAGCAUGAAAGCGACAAAGAUUUUCCUAUUGGGUCUGUUUUUCUGGACCAUUUGUAUAAGGAGAUCAUUUAUAUCACCUGCCCGGAUGUGUCCUGUUUUCUGUUGCACAUUUUGAAAAACUGCUGUUCUGCCUAUUUCCUGCUGUUUCAGCAGUGGCUGUUCGGCGGUCAGCUGCACGAUCCUAGCGGGGAGUUGUUCAUUUAUUUUGUGAAUCAUUACCGACCGAAAACCAAGCACCACUUCGAUAAGGCGUUUCUUAUACGACGUCAGGCGGUGCCCGGGUUUCUACGAGGUUAUGAGGAGGAUAUACUGCUCUGUGGGAAGUAUACCAUGCUGUUGAAAGCAUUUCGACCGACGCAUCCCAUCUUCUCGCUGAAAAUCCCAAAACUGGAGGUCUGCCUCUCGUACGGUUCGGUCGAGCAGUUGAAAACCCGCUGGCUGCAGUACGUUACGAAGGCGAGGGAAAUCUGCGGACCGGCCGUUUCCGUUCAGCAGCUGUACGAAGAGAAGGAACAAGCCCGGGAACAGUUCCUGCGUCAGGUGGAGGAAAAUUUCCGCCGCUGUAUGGCUCAGUGGCGGCUGGAUCAGGACGCGGAAGCGGAGCAACUGCGCCGCCGAAAGGAACGCCAGCGGGAAGAGCUGCUCGAUCAGCUGAAUGAGAUACGGGAGAAUAAGCUAGCGGCUCGCCGGCAGGAUUUGGAGCUGGAGCUGCGGGUGCAGCAGGAAGCGUUAGGGAUCGAGAAUCGACGGUUGCUGGCAGAGAAUUUGGAAAGGGAAAAGACGAUUGAAGGGUACAGGGAGUUGAACCAGAUGAUGGAUGAGAAACAAAAGCGAGCGGAGGGAGAGGUUGUACGAUUGAAACUUGAAGCGGCUGGUGGGGAUAGUGAUUUUGAAUCUUGUGUGGGAGGGAGUACGACGGAAGAUGAGGGUUCUUCGAUUUAUGAGGAUGCUCAGAAGAGUCCUCUUAGUGAUCGUCCGGCAGAGUUGUCCAAUGAGGAGGACGAAGAGGAUAAAACGAUUGUGGAAAGUGAUGCGGUUAACUGCAACGAUGUUGUUAGUGAAUUGGAGAAAAACAGGCAAAAGGUUCUGGGGUCAAAUUUGGGUAACUAUUUGAAUGAAGAUCACGAGAAUGCUAAUGUGGAAGCGAUCAAGGAAACUGCUUCGGCUGGAAUAAGGCAACUGACUGAAGCACAGCGCAACAAGAUGAAGGUACUUUCACAGGAGUUUGGUCUCACCGGCAAAACAGAUCUGAAUAGUAAUCAGGUGGAAGACCGUGAUCAAAAUCGUUAUAAAAUAUUAAUCAGUGAUUACACGGCUGGGCGGGAUGAAGGAACAUUGGAGGUCGUUGUCAAACCGGGAACACGCGAGUUGACUGAGUUACAGAAAAACCGUGCGAAGAUUAUGAGCCAAGAGUAUAACGUUAUCGUGGACGAUCACGAUCGUGGCUCGAAACGGGAUCGGAAACCGGAUAUGUAUUUGAAUUUGGAUUCGGAUCGUGCUAGGAACCGUCGGCGGAUUCUGGAAAGUGAAUAUGAUAUCACAACGGGGAUGCAGAACUUCGUAGAUACUCCGAUGUCGGUAGACAGUGACACGAUCAGUGAGGAUAUACAACUGCCGGUUAUUGCGAUCAAUGGAGUUCCCCAGGACAUCAACGCUAAUCCACUUGAAGCGAGCGAAACAAAUGGAAAGUUAAAACUAGACACGGCUGCCGCUCAGGAGAAGUUUAAUGAAAGUCGGUUCGGGAUUCCGGAUACAGCGUUGCUAGAACAGGAAACUCCGGAAAGUGCUCUCAAUACGGCAGGUCGGCAUGCUAAAGAUGGUUUUGAGUUUCCAGAAGUUAGAAAAAGCUGUUCAAUGUUGGAUAUUGAUUCUGGUGAAAAUGACGAGGAAGAUGAAAUCUACAGAGAGUUUAUGGAGGCCCUUCAAAAGCGUGAUUUGAACCUAUGCGCGUUAGCUAGUUUAAACAAUGAGGUCGGUAAUCUGUCAGAACUGCGUCAGUUGGACAGCGAGUUACGGAGUGUCGAUGUUCUCACGGUAACCCGCUUCCUGCAGAGUUCCCUCGUAAUACCUUUGAAAGCUCAUAUGCAAAUCGUGAAUAGUGAAAUCAUGAAAAUGUGUUUAAACGAUCUGGAUAUUUUAGGUCAUUUUGAGAGCCUGCGCAACUACUUUUUCCUGAUGGAUGGAGAGUUCUCCUGUUACAUUUGUGACAACCUAUUCCUGCUACUCGAGGAAGUCCACAGCCCAGACGAGCUGCUGAACUACCAAACGCUGCAUACAAUCUUGGAUUCCGCUCUCUGUUCCAGCGCAGCUGGUGCCGACAAAAAUGCCGACCGCCUGUCCUUCAACGUCGAACAAAUCCCUGACCGAUUCGAUCUCUCCCAGCCGAAUGCAAUCAGCAUGCUUAACCUCAGCUAUCGCGUGGAAUGGCCUCUGAAUCUCAUCCUAAAUCCGGAAACAAUCGAACAAUACACCAACGUGUUCCGAUAUUUGGUCAAAGUACGCCGAGUUAGUUUCGUUCUCGGCAAAUCAUUCCAACUGCUAAAGGAAACUCACAAAAAAUUCGGCAAACGAGUCCUCAGCUCGCCUCAGUACAGCCGGGUCCAGUUGAUCUCGCACAAACUGUCCCACCUGGUUAACGCCCUCAAAAACUACAUCACCAGCAGUGCCCUGCAAGCAUCGUGGGAAGCAUUUCGCAAAGAUCUCGAAACCGCUGAAUCUAUGGAGGACCUCUACCGGAAGCACAAAAGUUACGUCAAACGAAUCCUGUUUCUGUGUUUGCUAAAGAAAGAAAGCGUCGAAUUUUACAACCACAUGGAGGACAUCUUUCGGGUGGUCUUACGCUUUUACAAGCACCUAAAGUCGAAAGAUUGGCGCCCGCAGGACAAAGCGAGCCCCACCUCACCGCUCGUACACCCGAAGUACGCGCAAAUGCUCACCGACGAAAGUGAUUUCGAACAGCUAAUUAAGUACACAAUCUAUCUGGGCAACAAGAUGUACGAUCGUGGCUAUCAGAAGGAGAUUUAUGAGUUUAUUAAUGUUAUCAACAUUAACGGUUACUACAGCAGCGCAGCUGCGCCUGCCGGGGGUAGUGGCAGGGAGGCGUCGUAAGCCAAGCCGCACCACUUCCCGAACGAGCGACCAGUUCCUUUAUAAUCUAGAUCUUGUUGUGCGGAGCUUCCUGUGCCGAUUGUGUUUGGAGUAGGCCCUAUCUUCCUGAUUGCUGUUAUUUUAUACUCUCGUUUGGAAAAUUACAGCUCUUGUUGAGUAGCUCUCUGUUUGUGAUAAGAUAGGGCGCUGCCAAUUCCAAUCGGUUUGGUCGAAUCGGAUGAAUAAUGAUAAUGUUAGGUAUAUACUUUUUAUAGCUGCUAUUGAGCCUUCUUAUUUGACCACCCGGUUUUUUUUGCUAAUGUGGACUGUCGAAGAUAUAUCUCGCUAACUAGUUAGACUCAAUUUACCCACCGUGCGCCACACGCUGAUGGGAGCUAAUCAAAUGCAUUCGAACUAUCCGAAAUGUCUCUCCGGUA